AUGGGCUCAUUCGUGACCACCUUCCUUGGUGGGUUAGGAUUCAUAGCAGUUGGAUGCUUCCGAGCAUUUAGGGCAUCAAUUGCUCCUCCUUCUCCCUCAAUCUCAGACAAAAAACGGCCCUUCUACUCUCUCGAGCUGACCCUGAUCGCUGCCGUAUCCUUUCUCUUCCUUCUUAACUCCUUCGUCCUGAUUUUCAAGGCGUUAGAGAUCUCAGAUCACCUUGGGUUCGCCCUCCAGCUCCAGAACUCCGCCGUUUCCUCCCUCUUUCUCCUCUAUUCCGUCGUGGGUAUCGCUGAUUUCUUCACGGACUGCCUCCCGCUUUCGCCCUCGAUCCGGAAUCUCGUAGCCCUUUUUGCCUUCCUGGAAGAAUUCCUCCUCUUCUACUACCAGAAGAAGGACCCGGCCGGAGUCGAGAAUCGCUACUUCAGCCUUCUGCUGGUACCGAUUGCUAUCUGCAUCUGCUGCAUCGUUCUGGAGAUCUCGUACCCUCGUUCUCGAUUCCCUGGAUUGGGGAUCGGAAUCGGCCUGAUUCUUCAGGGUACUUGGUUUCUGCAAAUGGGUUUCUCCUUCUUCACGAGUUGGAUCACGCACGGUUGCUUUCUGCACGAGCGGAGCCGGGGAGAUUACAGCAUCAAGUGUAAAGGGCACGCUGAGUAUCAUCGAAGCAGAGCAAUUGCCACUCUACAAUUCAAUCUGCAUCUGGCUGCGCUCGUAAUCUUGACGGUUGGGGCGUAUUCGAUACUGAGUAGGAAGAUGGGUACUCGGGAUUAUGAUUCUUAUAAGAGGAUCAGCCGGAACGAAGAGUUGCAGGAUAUGGGGAACGUGAAUUAUGGGCAAUUCACGCUGGAUUCAGAUGAAGAGGAGGCAGUGGAUGAGAUAAUUGUGGAAAAGCAGCAGCCAACGUCGGCAUCUGCACCGAAGACUAAUGGUUUGAGUAAUAACUGA